AAUGUUCAACCUACUUCAUUGAACAGGACUAGAAUCUUGCACUCUGUGAGAAUGAAGGCUUAAAUCAGAAUACACGCGUACUAACGAACUGUGAAUCCUGGAAGUAUCGUCCAGGCUACAGUGAUCGGUGUUCAAGGAUGUCUGCGAUAACUCCGAUGGAGUUCGAAACCCACUUCUCCCUCGGUCAUCAUGCAGUCUCCAGCUCCAGCAUAACGGAAUCUUCAUGCUGUUUAGACGAUAGUAGGUAUCGACGUCGUCGACGCCGGACCGAAAAUCGUCGAUGUAAAAGGCCUUGAAGUCCGGCUCUGCGGUGUAGGGAAGCUGGUUUUCCGCAGUAUGUUUUUCAAAUGAACGUCAUAACCUUAUUAAGCUCAGUGCCGAAAAAAGAUUCACAGAAAGAUCACUAGCAAGUUUCUGGAAAAUUGAACAAUAAUGUUGCGAUAAACAUUGAUCGCUUUAUGCGAAAUUUCUUCAGGGAUUCCCUUGAGAAUUCCAUCGAGAAUUUCUUCCGUGAUUUUUUAGGAGAUUCCAUCUUGGAUUCCAUCGAAAGUUUCUUCAGGGGUUCUUUCCAAAGUUUGUCCCGGGAUUUCUUGAGUGAAAUUCUCAAAGAAUUAUCGGGAGAACUCCUUCUGGACCUUCUCUAGGAAUUAAUGUAAGAAUUUUAUAUAAAUUUAACUAAAUAUUUCUACAGGGCUUCCUUGGUAAAUUACUAACGGGAUUUCUUUGAGAAUUUCAACGUUAAUUCUCACCGUUCGACGAUGUCAACGAUAUCGUCAUAAAACUCGGUUCGUGGCCGUCCAAGCUCGGCCAUGCCUAACGCUAAUCAGAUCACGGUUUACCUGAUCUGCCUACGUGCACUCUGCACUCCACACUUGUGCGAACCGAAUCUGAUGCGAACACUCACUUUUGAAAAGGUUGUUACCCACACUGCAUUCUUGCAACAUGCCCUGCUCGUCAGAUGUGUGCAUCUAUCACAUGUUGCAAAUUUGACACAGAGGAAUUGACCAUAAUAUUGGUAUUACGAACAAUAGAAUAAACUAUCCACUGAUCUGUAUGGCAACUAAGAACAGUUUGUACAGAUGAACAUCAAGUUCAAUGAACUAAUCAUACCACCUUGCAAAUACAAGAUGAGCAGUAGGAACAAUUAUAGGCUUGAUCAGAAGGUUAUGCAUAGUUUGAUUUGAACGGACGAAGCAACGAUUUCAAUUUUAUAAUCUCCCUAGCAUGCGAUAUUACCUGCUUACUCACAAGUCUCGAAAGGGUUCACUUUAAAACUCCAAUCACUUUCUUCAGUUGCAUGUUGUGAAGAAGAUCGUAAGACAACAAUUAUAAAUUAUUAUCAAUCAAAGAGGCAAUUGUGGUAAGUAUCGAGCUCUCACUUGCAAUUACGCUUAUUUUUUUAUUUUCUGCCGCGGGUCGAAUAUCCUUCGAAAUCACUCGAGUCUCAGUGUGUUCAACCAGUGCCACAAAUCACAAACCGAUCAAGUGACCUUGUUAAACCAGUGGGAAAAAUGUGUGUUCCGUACAUUUGUCCCAUUUCAGUGAUGAUGCAUCGCGACGUCGGCGACCGAAAAUCGUCCCUCCAGACGUGUACCUUGGAGCUGUCAGCACUAUUGCAAACUGUACCGGAGAUUCGUUCCGAGCAACAACUGGACGCAAUUCGACGGCAGUUGGAUCGCCUGUUGGAGUGUUUGCCAGGACCGAGAACACCGGAGCAGUUGAUUGGAUGCGAUGAGGAUCAGCGAGCACUCGAUUGGAAGAAGUAUGCCUCGGAUCAGUAUCCGGAUUUGCUGGAUGAGUUGAUUGGAAGGUUUGAUCGGGAGUUUCCUGGGAAGGUGCCGGAUUUGGAUCCAAUGAUCGUGAGGAUCUUUGCCGUGGACUACAACCACGUGUAUGUGGUGGAGAGUUUGGCAGUGCUUACCGCUGCUGAUAAACUCGACCGGAACAGAGAAGUAUUACCCUUUAUAUUGAGUAGAUUAGUACAUGAUGGCGAUUAUUUGGGCGGGUGCUUCGUAGAAUUGAGCUUGAAGCAAGUGGAACCCGAAUCCGACAAUGAUGCACAGAAGCAUCCAUACUGGAACAAAUCCGAGCAAUUGAUACAAAUUGUGACAAACAUUCCAAACAAAGUGGCCAAUGUACUCCAACGGGAUACCCCAGAUACGUUCCUACCAGAACGGUACUCUCAAAUUAUGCUUCAACAUAUGCUCAAAGCAAUCGAUUCGUUAGCCAGAAUGACCAAUCUGCACAGCUACCUGUCCCACGAUACGACAUUCCUUGCAAAGCUAUUUAGCAAACUCAUCGUAGAUUACAACUUUGAUAAGCGGUCGCGUCAUUUACAAUUAACGCUGCAAAUUCUAGCCGAUUGGGCGCGGUCCAACGAUUGUAAACAGAGGCAACUUAUCGCAGCGAUUUGCACGGGCUUAUCGCGACCCGCAACUGAAGUGGUGGCCCAAAUGGCUUUACGCGAAGGAAUCGAUCUGAUCAAUCUGCUUGGGGAUCACGGUUUGACGGGGGACUGGAAAUACGUUCUCGCGAAAAAGAUUCCUCUGUAUUGUAGCUUUACGCAUGAUUCCAUUGUUGAGAAUCUGAUGUACCUAUUGGCGCGAGUUUGUGAGACCGAAAUGAAAUCCUUAUCCUUGGAGUUGGUAACGGUUUGGUCCAGUCGGACCAGCAUUCAAAAGACAUCAUUCGAGCAGCAUAUGUAUUUGUCCAAGUUGUUGGUUCUGUCUAUGACGUACUUGGAUCAGUCUAAGACCGGGAAACUCACUGCGGCGGAAAUGCGAGAGUACCGGCGUCUGUUGUUUGGGGGCUUGAAGUGCCAUUUGGAAUCACCCGUUAAGGAGAUGAGGUGCGUUGGAAUGAUUGUUGCGGAGGUAAUUUUAGGAUUUUUCGAUGCGUCUCAUGUGGAGGAAGCAAAUAUGCUAAAGUUUGACUACGAAGGUUUCGAUAAAGAUACACUGGUGCUAGUGGACUGCUUGCGGAAUUAUAAGAAUCGCUGUAGGUUUAUUGAGGAUCAGUUGUCGCAGAACUUGAUAUGCUCCACAAAUGAACCAGUUGAUCAGUUGAUUGAAAAGCUGUUUGAAUCAGGAAGUUCCGAUAUAACACAAACGCUAUCAUACAAGAGUUUGGAUUCGCAAACAGCAGAACUUCCUAUUACCCAAGUCGAGGAACUAUCUCUGAAGUCCUCGGAUAUCAAGAUUGCCACUAAACAUGCUGGAAGUGAUUAUUCUGAACUAGACUCCGAUGACGACCUUGAACCGUAUGACAUGUCUAACGAUACACGCUUAGACCAGGAACAGCACCGUCCAAAGUAUCUCCUAGAUCUACGUGAAAUACUCCUGGACACUUCUGAUCAACAACCCCCAGUUCGGUUCGAACUAGCCAUCGAAGCUGCACCCGAACUGAUCGAACAGCAGCUACCCAAUAACGACCUGAAACUGGCUCUCGAUCUCCUGCAAAUCAUACUGCCCCUGGAAGCUCGCGUCUACAUGGAGAACUUCCAGGAGCUAAAAUUCUCCGCCUUGAUUGCCAUUUGCACAUCCUAUCCCAAAGAGUGCGCCGAAUAUAUCUGCCGAGAGUUUCACUCCGACCUCAGUAAAUACGCCCUCAACCGUCGUAUUCUCAUGCUGGACAUUCUUGCCCAAACCGCCAAGGUCCUCAGCAAUCUGGACUCCUCGGACAAUCGAACCAAAACCAAUCCCAUCCAAAAUCCGGACAUACCUACUUCGCCGAAAAACACCCUGGACCUGAAAUUUCGCGAAGAAAACGAACUGCUUCGCAAACGUCAACUUGCUGAACAAAUCGUACGGGAGCGGAUCGCCGGUAAAACACGCCACAUCACAUCGUCUCAUCGAUCCUCCGGUGCAUCAACCGCCACAACUAACAAACCCCCCGCUCGAAAUCGAUUCUCCGACGUGGCCGGAUGGUUCUUUUUCCCGCUGCUCCGCGGCUUCGGAGCCAAGCAGUUUCUCUUCACGGCCAACCUGAAGUUCCAGUACGACGCCGAUAGUCUCCUGUUGACCAGUUUCCUGCAAACGCUUUCGAUCCUGAUGAUAUGCGCGGAAAAUUGUCCUAUUGGACGAAAAUUUGCCCGGGAGCUGUUGAACUUGAGCGUCAUGUUAAGGUUCAGCGAGGAACCGAAGGUACGUUUGUCGGUGCUGCAAGUGCUGUCGUCGAUUUUCCUGGCGCUUCCGAAAGCGAUCCUGCGGCAGGAUUUCUACAUGGACAUGGUGGAACUGAAGCAGUGGCUGGAGGAGUGCGUACAGGCUAGCGUGGUGAAGGCAGACCCUAAUGAGGACUGUCGGGAAUUCGCUCGGAAUGUGCUCGUUAUGUGCUAUAGUGCGUUGGCGGAAGAUUAAGGGAUGUGGAAAAGUAUCUUUUUCUUCGUUUACCUAUGUGAACUCUCUGUAAGAAAUAUAGAUGUUAAAGUUCAUGAUCUA